AAAUAACAUUUUCCCAUCAACUUUGAUACAUCAUAUUAGCUGAACUUUGUAUAUGUAACGUAAAUAAAUUCUUUACGCUAGUAGCUAAUAGUAGAGAAGUAUGCAUACAUAUGUACCGUAUAUAUAGUUAUUGUUAGAGAAUUGUGUUUUAUUUGAAGCGAAAUUCACAAAUAAGAAUCAAGGAGCACUAAAGAGAAGAGUUAUUUCAAAGAUUCUUUGAAAUCAUAACACUGUUGACUCUCUUUUCCCUCCAAAAGAAGCAGUCACAGUCUUCUUCUUCUUCUUCUUGGUUCUUCUUCAUUCCCUACAACAAUGGCACCUCGCUGUUCGUGCUGGUUCCCAGUGUACUUCUUGGUAUCGGUGACACUGGGAGUCAUCGCAAUCUCCUCCGCCGUGCAUUCCAGCUCCAAGAACUCCUCCCAAGAAGUCACACCCCCAAUACCCAAUGACGUCUCCCUCAACGCCUCCGAAGCCCUCCGCCGUGCCGGCUUCACCGUCAUCGCCGACCUCCUCCACCACAAGCCUCCCUUCUUUCAUCCCCCCAACAACUCCACCAUCUUCGCCAUCAAAGACUCCGCCAUCACAGACAACUCCUCCCUCCCCCCAUGGCUCCUCAAGAACCUCCUCCUCUACCACACGGCCACCUCCAUCUACACCAUGCAAGACCUCCUCAACAACACCACCCUAGGCUCUUGCCUUACCACCCUCUUCCGCCAGAAGAAGCUCUCGGUCACCAAAAUCGAUCCCAACCUAAGAACAAUCGAGAUCAACCGCGUCCUUAUCUCAAACCCCGACAUCUACCUCGAUUCUCAGCUCGCCGUUCACGGCGUUCUUUCACCCUUCGCUUCUCUUCGCCGUCAAGAUCCCCAGUCGUGGGGCUUGGACGACGCUCAGCCACCAACUUGUCGCGUGAACAUGAACACAAGAAGAAACCCUCCGGCUCAAGCCUCUAAUGGCUAUAGUAGUUCUUCGAACAACCAGAGCGCUAUUGAGUGGAACAGGAUCGUGCAGUUGCUGGGUUCAAAAGGUUACUCGUCGUUUUCAAUAGCCCUGCAUUCGGUUCUUGAAGGGAUUUCGAAGGACUCGGUGGGUUUGACGUCUGCUACGAUCUUCGCGCCUCCUGAUAUGGCGCUUCUGGGGUACCCUUCGACGUUGCUUGAUAGGGCGGUGAGGCUUCACAUUCUGCCGAAGAGGCUGACGUAUCAGGAGCUGACGUUGUUGCCGGUAAGGAGCUUGUUGAGGACUCUGAUGCCUGAUGAUGAGCUUGAAAUCGAUGGGGUUCUAGGGUUCCUGCCAGGUGUUGUUAUCAGUGGCGUUGAGAUUGUAGCACCUGACAUGUUAACUUCUGAUGGAUUCGUCGUUCAUGGCAUUUCUAGACCUUUUAAGAUGCCUGAGCUUACUGCUUGAGUUUCAAUUUCAAUAUGGUUCGUCCAUACUUAUAUGAUUCAUGUAACUUUUGAUUUUUCUUUUUUAUUUUGUAUAGUUGCCUCUGUUUCUUAUUGUUUGUAACGCUAAACUUCUUUCUCUAUUUCUAUU